AUGAACGGACAGGCUGAAAAAUUGAUAAGCUCAUUACCGGUGACAGGAGACAACUACGAACGUGCAUGGACGAUACUGUACAAACACUACGAAAACGAGAGAGAACUCAUCCGAUGCAACUUCGCCGCAUUCACCGCCGUGCCGAGAAUGAAGAACGGAACCGCUGAAGAACUGCAUCGCAUCCAUAACGCUGCCGUCACAGUCGUCAACGCACAGGAAAGUAUAGGUCGUUCCAUUGAAUCUCACGGAAUGGACCUCCUAAACUACCUGAUCGUCGAACAAUUCGACGCACACACUCGGAUGGAAUGGGAGAAUUCCAUAUCCGACUCCAACAAGUCACCACAGCACGAAACACUUUUGGACUUCAUGACGCGACGGAUGUUCACACUUAACGCCGUGCAUCCGAAGACUCUCAAGAAGAACUUCGGAGAUUCUUCACGAACGGCGAAGACACAUGUUGCGAAGCACGGAACUGACCUUCCACAAUGCGCACUGUGCCAUGAAAAGCACCAUCUGAUGACGUGUCGCGAAUUCAAGACAAAAUUCGCUGCAGAUCGAAAGGCCUUCGUUGAGACACACAGACUGUGUUUCAACUGCCUCGGAAAUCACUAUCUCACAAAAUGUCAGUCGAAGAAGAACUGCUACACAUGCAAGGCACGUCAUCACACUUCACUGCACGACGCAUACAACACGGUCACCGCACAUACACCAGAAGCCACUUUACUCGCCGCACUGCACAAAGCCAAAGAACAGAAGGCUGUACUUCUCGCCACUGCUCGGGUGAACAUAGCCGAUCGCCAUGGAGCACCGCACGACGUCCGAGCACUGAUCGACCAAGGAUCAGAGGUGUCGAUCGUUUCUGAGGCACUGGUGCAACGAUUGAACCUGCCUCGAUCACGCACCGACAUGGCCAUCUUUGGGAUCGGAGGCGCACGACCAGGAUCAACGCGUGGCAAGGUCACGCUGCACCUCACUUUGGACAUCACGAACGCCCGGCUCUCCGUGAUAGCGUUUAUAUUGCCACGCCUAUCACUUCUUCAAGGCUCCACGUCCAGCACACUACAAGAUUGGCCGCAUAUUCGAGGACUCCAACUGGCGGAUCCUCAAUUUCGCGAGAACAAUCCAGCCGAGCUACUCCUGGGAGCGGAGUGCACUGCCGAUCACGAGCUACUCGAGCUGGUGCAGCAGUUUUGGGAACAGGAACGGGAGCCCAACGCAGUCACGACACUCUCCGUCGAAGAGCAGCAAUGCAAGGAAUUCUUCGUGCACACGCACACUUGCACCUCUUCAGGACGAUAUGUGGUGAAGCUGCCGUUCUUCUCACCAAUCACUGCACUCCGAGAAAUUCGCAAACCAGCUGAGCGGCUUCUUACAACGAUGGAGAGGCGAUGCGUCCAGGACCGUCGAUUCGGCAAUCUGUAUCGCAACUUCAUGACAGAAUACGAAGACCUAAAACAUAUGACGCUGGUGACAUGCUCCACAACUAGCAAUCAGUCAACGUACUUACCACAUCAUGGAGUACUUAAGGAGUCCAGUGCCACGACAAAGCUGAGGGUCGUGUUCAAUGGGUCGCAGCGAACGCGAACAGGAGACUCAUUAAAUGCACACCUCAUGACUGGAGCAAAUCUUCUGCCAGCUCUUCCUGACGUACUACUUCGAUGGCGUCAACACCAGUAUGUCUUCGUUGCUGAUAUAGAAAAAAUGUAUCGGCAGAUACUCGUGCAUCCGGAUGACUGCAAAUUCCAAACGAUCCUGUGGCGUCAUUCAACUGAUGAUGAAGUGCGAGAAUACCAGCUGAGAACGGUCACCUACGGUCUGGCGUGUGCUCCGUUUCUCGCCAUACGGACACUCCGUCAGCUCGCAACAGACGAAGAAGAGCAGUUUCCUUGUGGCGCCGUGGCUCUGCGUCGAGACUGUUACGUCGACGAUGUGGUCACCGGCUCAAAUACGCUGAACGAUGCGAUCGCACUCCAGACGGAAAUUCGCAACCUCUGCUUGGCGGGCGGAUUUCCGUUAAAGAAGUGGGCAGCCAACGACGAGAGGAUCCUGACUGGAGUACCAAGCGAUCAUCUUUUGCAGCAAUUACCGCCAGCCUGGGAAGGAGAGAGCCACUCCACGCUAGGACUCCGCUGGCACCCACAACACGACCAGUUCUCCUUCGUGUUUCAUCCGCACGCUGCCAUCAACCACACGAAGAGAACGGUUUUAUCCGAAACCGCACGGCUCUUCGAUCCAAUGGGGUGGCUCGCUCCAGUCGUGAUUCGAGCAAAAAUUCUCAUCCAAUCCACGUGGCUGCAAGGAUUGGACUGGGACACCCCGCUGUCGCCAUCCGAAGCUCGAGAGUGGCAACGUCUUCUAGAAAAACUCCAUCUUCUAGAUCAGUUGCGAAUAAACCGCUGGCUCGGGACCGGAGCAGAUAAGACCACGCUGCAGCUUCAUGGCUUCGCCGACGCAUCCGAACGAUAUGCCGCCGCCGUAUACAUCCGCAUCACUGAAAGGAACGAAACGUCAAUAAGGUUAUUGAUGGCCAAAAGCAAGGUAGCACCCGUCAAACAAGUGACCUUGCCGAGGCUGGAGUUGUGCGCCGCCACGCUACUCACCAAUUUGAUGCGACAUGUCAAACAAACGCUCGACCUGGCAACGUCAGACACAUACUUAUGGUCUGAUUCAACAGUGACCCUCCAGUGGAUUCGCGGUCACUCCUCACGCUGGAAGACUUUCGUCGCCAAUCGAGUCGCUCACAUCCAGACGCAGCUGCCUAAUGCACAAUGGAGACACGUAGCUGGUCGCGACAACCCUGCGGACUGUGCAUCAAGGGGUAUUAAUCCAAGCGAACUGAUCAAUCACGCUCUAUGGUGGACAGGACCUACCUGGUUAUCACAGAACGAACCGGCCUGGCCAAAUUCCGAGAUGGAGAUCCGAGGAGACGACGUGCCAGAAAGGAAAGCCACGAGCCUGAUGACUGUGAACCGGGUCAUCGUCGAACCAGAAAUCCUGCUCCGCUUCUCAUCACUGCAUCGCCUGCUACGGAUAUCCGCAUGGUGCCGUCGCUGGCUGCGCGCUUCAGAGCCGACUCACACUGCUGGAUUAACGUUGAGUCCGGAGGAACUUGACAUGGCACUCUUUCGUUGGCUUCAAGAAGUGCAGACACUGCACUUCACGGACAAGAUCACCGCAGUCUCAGCUGGACGCUCCGUCGCACCAAGCAGCACAUUAGCCAAGCUGACUCCGUUCCUCGACGACCAUGGUGUUCUGAGAGUGGGAGGUCGGCUUAAGAACGCCCUGCUGACACAGGAUGAGAGGCAUCCGAUGAUCAUUCCAACCUCGUCGUGGCUGACUCGUCUGCUGGUGGAAUCCUGUCACCGUCGGACGCUGCAUGGAGGAGUGCAACUCACCCUGGGGCUGCUUCGACUGCGCUUCUGGAUUCCACGAGGACGCACAGUUGUAAAACAACAACUACAUCGUUGCGUCACCUGCACAAGAUGGCGAGCAACGACGCUUCAGCCACCGAUGGGUAAUCUACCCCGCGAUCGGGUCACUCCGACUCAGCCAUUUCUGCGCACUGGAGUGGACUAUGCAGGACCCAUCCUCAUCCGGACGAGCAAGGGACGAGGACACCGCGCCUAUAAGGGCUAUAUCGCAGUAUUCAUCUGCUUUUGGUCCAGAGCCAUCCACCUCGAACUUGUCUCGGAUUACUUUUCAGAGGCCUUUAUCGCCGCUUUACGUCGCUUUGUCUCACGUCGAGGUCUCUGUACGGACAUAUAUAGCGACUGUGGAACGACCUUCAUCGGAGCUGACCGCACUUUACGUGAGCUCGUCGUCGCUGCAUCCACAGAGGGUCGUGGAAUCGCACGCGUAGCUGCUGAACACGGCAUACGGUGGCACUUCAAUCCACCAGCAACUCCGCACUUCGGCGGAUUGUGGGAGGCAGCCGUCAAAUCCGCUAAGUAUCACUUACGGAGGGUGAUAGGUGAAACCACCCUCACCUUUGAGGAACUGACCACUCUCCUCACACAAAUUGAGGCCUGUUUAAAUUCUCGUCUAUUACAGGCACUCUCUGACGAUCCAGACGAUAUUACAGCACUGACUCCGGGCCACUUCCUGAUCGGCGCGCCGCUUCUCGCCAUCCCGGAGCCAGUACAGGAGGACAACCGUGGAUCCGCAGCAUCACGAUGGCAUCAUCUCCAGGCGAUGCGAGACUUUUGGCGGAGAUGGUCGGGAGAAUACAUCCAUGGACUCACCUCACAACCUAAAUGGCUGAAGGUCGAGACAACACCUCGCAUCGGAGCACUCUGCCUUGUGCGCUCCGAGAUUUCGCCUCUAAACCGGUGGCCUCUCGCCCGGAUUACAAAACUGCAUCCCGGCGACGACGGGAUCGUACGCGUGGUCACUGUUCAAACCGCGACCUCCGAGCUCGUGCGUCCGCUCGUAAAAUUGUCUUACUUCCCGACUUCGCAACGGACGUAA